AUGGCCGCUCCUACGCCCCCGCCCGCUCUCCCCGACUCCAACAACACCUACAUCAUGGCCAAUUCCCCCGCCAAGGCCCGCCCCUCGGUCGAUGGCUACAGGCCCAAGGUCACUCGCACUCUCGGCCAGCGGCCGGCGUGUCUGGUGAAUGCGUCCGUCACCUACUGCGGCAACAAUCAGAUUUAUGCUUUUGGUGGCUUCGAUCAGUAUACUGACGAGGUGUACAACCAUGUCUUGCGACUCGAUCUUGUUAGCCACCAAUGGAGCCUGGUCGAUAACUAUGGUGACAUCCCGGGUGUACGCAUGGGACACACUGCAACCCUUUACCAAGGCGACAAACUGCUGAUAUUCGGCGGCGAAAACGAACAUCGCACGUACCUCUCCGAUUUGAUCAUCUUCGACCUCAAGACUGCACACUGGACCCAACCAACAGUCACUGGCCCAGUACCAAAAGGGAGAGCCAGACAUGCCGCGACGCUGCACGAAGAUAAACUGUUCAUUAUUGGUGGAAUCACGGGAGCAAAUAACUAUGUCCUGGAUGACCUUUGCUACCUCGACUUGAAAACACUUACAUGGUCCAAAACCUGGCGCUUCAUUGGCCGGUUCGAUCAUUCCGCCUACAUCUGGGGAGAGCGUCUCUGGGUGUUUGGCGGACUCAGCGAGCACAUGGACAAGGUCAGCGAUAUGUGGUGGCUAGAUCUGAAGGGUGUACCUGCGUUCGACUCGCGACCUCAAAUUGGUGUCUAUGAUCGACCGCCCAGCGGAAGCCGCACCGACUCGCCUCGGCCACUGCACUCAAUGGGACACAGCCCUGCAGUUGGAACGACCGGAUACGCUGCCAAUUCGCGCACUGCUCAGGUGAACCCUCCCUCGGUGCAGUUGAAGGCUUAUGCCCCGACGGCCCCUGGAGCGAUAUCUGCGCUGAAAUUUACUUCAGGCCCUUACAGCCCGUCACAAGGCUCCGGGAUUCACUUCCACAUCUAUUCCUCAGGCACCUUGCUUGACUUUGUGUCCCCAGCUGCCACAAUUACCCAUCGAGAAUGUUCUCUGUCGGCACUAGACUUGACCACAUUACGAUGGCAAAGACUGGCGGAUGGUCAUGAAAUGUUCAAAUCAGGUUAUCGAUGGCACUAUUGUACUAUGAAUGAGGACGGCACGAAAGCUUGGUUGCUUGGCUGUCCUCUUGACCCUGUCGGGCCAGAGUUCGGCCCCGGGGGCUACGAGCUAUAUCUUAGCGAUGUUAUGGAAGUUGACCUUCGGCGGUACGGCCUUCUUGGAAAUAAACUGGCACCACAACCCAAUGUGGAAACCCGACCUUCAGUCUUGGCCCGGCCGCUCGACCAGCCGUCGCAUGGCCUGGGCGCGGACUUGGCAAAGACGUUUGAUCAACCGGGCAGCGGUACCGACUUUGUCAUCACAGCACUUGCGGACGGCGCGCAAGACGACGAGAUCCUCAGCGCCGGUCUGAUCUGCAGCGCGGAAGAGACGACCGAGAACUGGCUUGCGCCUGAUGCCACCACAUCCAGGCCCAUCUACGUGCACAAGCUGAUUCUGCUCGCGCGCUGGGCGCACUUUGCGCGACUCUACAAUGCGCAAAUGGCCGAGUUCCACACCAAAAAGAUGCACAUUCCCGAACCGUACCCCGUCGUGCGCGCGUUCCUGCUGUACCUGUACACGGACAGCAUCCACAGCACCGCCGACGACGACGACGACGCCAGCGGCAGCGCGUCGUCGUCGACGGCCACGGGCAUUGACGAGGUCACCGGCCUGCUGGUCCUGGCCAACAUGUACGGCAUCCCGCACCUGCGGCUGCUGUGCGUCAACCGCCUCGCCAAGGAGCUCGACGUGGACAAUGCCUGCCUCGUGUGGUACUCGGCCGGCCUCGCCGACGAGGAGUGGCUGCGCAAGCGCGCAGCCGGCCUCUGCAUGACGCACUGGGGUCGCAUCGUCCGCACCCGCGGCUUCCUCCGCCUGCCCCGCCACGCCCUCGUCGAGCUCUCCCAGGAGAUUGACAUGGAGGGCCGCGUCGUCGCCGGCGAGGAGCUCGAGUGGUCCGGCAUGGGAGGCGGUGCCGGCCGCAAGGGCAGCGUCGGAAGCACACAGCUCGCCGAGUCGGAGGCGGAUGAGGAUGACGGCAUGGAGAUCAAUUAA